UCCCUUCUUGCCCAUUUAUUUCUGUUUCUCCGUGUGCUCUGCUGUUCUGUCUCUGCGGUUUUCGCUGUCAGGUAAUGAGGAGCUGUGGGCCCCGUCAGUCCUGGAGAUGCCGAAGCGACGAGACAUCCUGGCUAUCGUGCUGAUAGUUCUUCCCUGGACGCUGCUCAUCACCGUGUGGCACCAAAGCACCAUUGCGCCAGUGCUUGCCGUGCACAAGGAGGAUGGUGGAGACGCCCGGCGUGACUUCUCCCAAAGCUCAGACUCCAAGGAGUACUGCCUCUCGGACCGAGACAUCGUGGAGGUGGUUAGGACAGAGUAUGUCUACACCCGCCCGCCCCCGUGGUCAGACGCCUUGCCCACCAUCCACGUCGUCACGCCCACCUACAGCCGGCCGGUCCAGAAGGCGGAGCUGACCCGUCUGGCCAACACUUUUUUACAUGUUCCAAACUUGCACUGGAUCCUGGUGGAGGAUUCCCAGAGGAGGACCCCUUUGGUCACCAGGCUCUUGCGGGACACGGGACUGAACUACACCCACCUCAACGUGGAGACCCCGCGCAACUACAAGCUGAGGGGGGACAUGAGGGACCCAAGGAUUCCCCGGGGAACCAUGCAACGGAACCUGGCCCUGCGGUGGCUGAGGGAAACCUUUAAUAAAAACAACAGCCAGCCAGGGAUUGUAUACUUUGCGGAUGACGAUAACACGUACAGCCUGGAACUCUUUGAGGAGAUGAGGACCACCAGGAAAGUGUCGGUGUGGCCAGUGGCCUUCGUGGGAGGCUUGCGCUACGAGUCGCCCAAAGUGAACGCAGCCGGGAAGGUGUAUGGCUGGAAGACCGUCUUCGACCCUCACCGGCCGUUCGCCAUCGACAUGGCGGGCUUUGCCGUGAAUCUCAGGCUUAUCCUUCAGCGACCUCAGGCGUACUUCAAGCUCCGUGGGGUGAAGGGGGGCUACCAGGAGAGCAGCCUGCUCCGGGAGCUGGUGACCCUCAAUGACCUUGAGCCGAAAGCCGCCAAUUGCACUAAGAUUCUUGUCUGGCACACAAGGACAGAGAAACCCGUGUUGGUGAAUGAAGGGAAAAAGGGUUUCACAGAUCCCAACGUGGAAAUCUGA